AUGGAACCACAACCAGCUUUCAACCCAUUCGCAAAUCUUACCCCCAAACAAUUAGAUGCCUUCAAGGAGAUGAAGAAGAACCUCUCUGAUUUUACAGAUCCAGAGGACGUUGCAUAUCUUACCGAUAUGUGCAUACUCAGAUAUUUGCGUGCUCGUAACUACACAGUCUCCAAGUCGGAAAAAAUGUUAAGAAACACCCUGGCCUGGCGUAAGUCAUAUAGACCACAGGAUGUAAAAUUAUCAGAGGUAACAGACAUUGCCAAAACUGGUGCCAUCUAUGUCAACGGUAAAGAUGUCAAAGGUCGUCCAAUUAUUAUUGCCAGACCAAGAAAUGACACCCUCAAGAAAAUGCCACACGAACUCAAAUUUAAGAAUCUUGUAUACUGGCUUGAGCAAGGUUUCAGACAAAUGAAUGAAUCCAAAGGUAUUGAAACUUUUUGCUUUGUUGUAGAUUAUCAUGGUUUCUCAAGAAAGAGUAUGGACAUGAAAACUAAUUUGGAAUCAAUGCAUCAUUUGUUAGAUAAUUGUCCAGAACGUAUGGGUCAAUCAUUGUUUUUGGAUCCACCAACAAUGUUUUGGGUGGCAUGGAAAAUUAUUUCUCCAUUUUUGAAUGAAGUAACAUUAUCCAAAGUAAAAUUCAUAUACUCAAAGAAAGUCAACGGUAAAAGAACAUUCCCAGAGCUUUCAAAUUAUAUUUCACCGGAUCAGUUGGAGAUGGAUCUUGGUGGUGAAAAUCCAGUUACUUUCAAUCGUGAUCCAGCCAGUUUCCUUAAUAAUCCUUUGGUUAGUAUGUCGUCAAAUAGUUUAUCUGCACAAAUGCAACUAGAGGAAGCAAUCGAGCCAGAGGAAGAGGAGAUCGAUGAGAAAGAGUUUGAACAAUUUAAAGCAUCAAACUCAAAUAAUCAUAUUCAACCUACACCAAUAUCAACAACAUCAGUAUAA